GAGCGGCUAUAGCCGGUUAGGGUUUGUGGGGAAGAUGGAGUAUUCCGCGUUGGGCACCGCGGAGGCCGCGGACAGCGGUGCGGCUCGGCCGUACAACAACUCGGAGGAGCGGGAGGGCCGGGAACCCGACGGGCUGCGCUUCGACCGCGAGAGGGCGCGCCGCCUCUGGGAAGCAGUGUCCGGGGCCCAACCAGUGGGGAGGGAGGAAGUGGAACACAUGAUCCAGAAGAACCAGUGUCUCUUCACCAGCACCCAGUGUAAGGUUUGCUGCGCCUUGCUAAUUUCUGAGUCCCAGAAGCUGGCACACUACCAGAGCAAAAAACAUGCCAACAAAGUGAAGAGAUACCUAGCAAUCCAUGGAAUGGAGACAUUAAAGGGGGAUACGAAGAAGCUAGACUCAGAUCAGAAGAGCAGCAGAAGCAAAGACAAGAACCAGUGCUGCCCCAUCUGUAACAUGACCUUUUCCUCCCCUGUCGUGGCCCAGUCGCACUACCUGGGGAAGACCCACGCAAAGAACUUAAAGCUGAAGCAGCAAUCCACUAAGGUGGAAGCCUUGCACCAGAACAGAGAGAUGAUAGACCCAGACAAGUUCUGCAGCCUCUGCCACGCGACUUUCAAUGACCCUGUCAUGGCUCAGCAACAUUAUAUGGGCAAGAAACACAGGAAACAGGAGACCAAGCUCAAACUUAUGGCACACUACGGGCGGCUGGCCGACCCUGCUGUCACUGACUCAUCAGCUGGGAAGGGCUACGCCUGCAAGACAUGUAAGAUAGUGCUGAACUCCAUAGAACAGUACCAAGCUCAUGUCAGCGGCUUCAAACACAAGAACCAGUCACCAAAAACAAUGGCAUCACCUCUGGGCCAGAUUCCCAUGCAAAGGCAACCCAUUCAUAAAGACUCAACCACCUUGGAAAACUAGAGGUGUUUCUGUCCAGCACCCCAGGUUGAACCAGCCAUGAGCCAACUUUCUGAAGGAGCCCUUGGCUCCUUCUUCCUCCUUUCUUACACCCGGAGAAUACACAGGCCUGAGGCAGGAGUGGACCACAGAGAGCGUCUGAUUGGUCCAGGCAAAUCCACCCCUGCUCCUCCCCGUUUUGGAAUGGGCCCUGUAGGUCAGGAUGAGGGAAGCAGAGAUCUUGACAGGACUUGGGGUCUCCCAGAGUGGUAGUUUGGAGGAUGGCCUUUCCCCUUCCCCAGCUCCUCUGGGCUAUAUGUCAUGAGGCCCCAGGCCUGUCUUUCCUUUGCAGGUCAGUUUUGGACCAGUCCCUGCAGCUGAAGAUAUCUCCAGUGAAACCUGGAGCUUUCACGCCAGACAUUGGCCUAGGCAGGAAAGGGCAGAUGGAAGUGGCUGCCGCAUGGAAACUUGCAGUUAAUACGACACUCCCUCUCCCCCAAAAGAGUGCAAGCCUUCCUGAGCCUGGGAUCAGAUGCUGGCCAGUUGUACAGAUUUCUGCCGACUGUGAAGUCUCCUCCUAGAGCAAUGACACAGUCCUGGCAGAGCAUUGCUAUUCCUCUUACCCCCCAUUCUCCACAGUUCCUGAAUGGUGCUAAGAAUCUGCAGCAAGUGAGGACAAGCUAGAGCCGAAGGAGGCCUCAGUACCCAGUGGGAUGGGUACUGGAAACCUCCAAUAGAGGCCUUUCCCCUCCUCCAUCAGAGGUGCUCUGACACAGGGUCAUGUGGGAAGGUCCCCACAUGCAAAUUUCCUUGAUGGUUCUGUACCCUUAAAAGGAAACUGCCUUGUGCCAGCCAGCUCAGAGGUUAAUUGCUGCCCUUCAGCCCUGCUAGCCCUCUCCUUCCCCUUGUGCAGCAGACCAUCUGCCCAGGUUGCUGUGGUGCUAGUCCUCCCCCAUCAUCCCCCAGGAGAUUCUGGGGACUGAGGAGCAGGAUGGGCCCCUAAGGGAAGAAAAGAGCUGGUGUAAGUUUCUGCAGUGAGGAAACAGACGUUUCCCUGACCCCACACCUAGAUUUCUCUAACACUGCUGUGUUUUAUGGCCUGGGACUUCACUGGGAGUGGACUUUACCUUGUAGCUUUCAAACAGGAAUUCCAGGGAGAGUUAACCAUCUGAGGUCCCUAUUCACUGGGUCAAAGAAGCCUGCAGCUGCUCUCAUGAUGUCCUCCCCACACUUCCUGUCCCUUCACCUGUAAAUGCCUUUAUGUAUCGUGUGUGUGGGGUCUGCGGGGGGGUGCUUAUGCUCUAUCUCUUGGUCACUGAAGCAUCUAAAUAAACAAUUUCGCCAAUGAGCCAGA